AUAUAACCCGUACCAGAAAACCCAUGACCGACAGCCUCAACGUGAGUUUUAACGUUUCAUGUUUCAGGACGAGCAUCGACAGAUAACAUCGGGAACCCAUGGUUGAUGCAUCUAUAUGAAGGAUCAUGCCGCUUGCAGAUAACCGGUGAAUGUAACAUGAGGACCGGUGGAGAAUUACAUCUCAUCUAGGGGGUUGUUACAGCAGACCAGAGAAAAUGAAGAGGGUGAAUGGAUACAUGAUCAUUUAUGUAUUGUCCGUGAUCAGUUUCUGUGCCGCAGGGGCCUUGAACAUCUCUGCUGUGGAUGGAGAUGGCACCGAGAAUGGGACCGUGCCAGAUGGUGGCGGCUCAGUUCCUGUGGUGCUCGCCAAAAUAAACCAGAUCAUAACCCGGGAGGGAAACUGUGCUUUCAUUGACUGUAAUGUCACUGGUGACCCUUUUCCUAAUGUUCAGUGGUUCAACUCACAUGGUCAUCUGCUUGAUGCAAAGAAAAGUGAUGGUAAAUGGUGGAUUUUGGAGAAUGGUGUCCUUAACAUCACCAGCAUCACUUUUGCAGAUCGUGGUAAAUACACUUGUGUUGCCUCAAAUGCGUACGGCAUGGCUAACUGCACUGUCACGCUCCGAGUAGUCUUCACCAAUGGAGAUAUGGGCGUCUACUACAUGGUGGUGUGUCUAGUGACUUUUACGAUCAUAAUGAUAUUGAACAUUACUCGCCUUUGCAUGAUGAGCAGCCAUCUUAAGAAAACCGAAAAGGCCAUCAAUGAGUUUUUCCGUACUGAAGGUGCAGAAAAGCUCCAAAAGGCAUUUGAGAUUGCAAAGCGUAUUCCUAUUAUUACCUCGGCAAAAACACUGGAGCUGGCCAAGGUCACACAAUUCAAGACCAUGGAGUUUGCACGCUAUAUCGAGGAGUUGGCGCGUAGCAUACCACUACCACCUCUAAUCAUGAACUGCCGCACCUUCAUGGAGGAGAUCCUCGAGGUCGUCGGGGUCGAGGAAAUGAGACACACCUUUGUUCGACAAGCACCCGAGAUUCGUGAAGGUAGCGUACAUGAUGACGGGGUGAGAGCUGGAACCUCUGGUGAUGUUUUCAACAUCUUGCAAGAAAGGGAGCGAGCGCGAGAGAGGGAACGGAGCGAGUCGCCCGCCGUGGAUUCGGACGACGCGUCACUUCAUGAGCAGCCUCAACACAUAGCCAUUCAGGUUUCGGUUCAUCCGCAGUUAGCUGCAGCAGGAUGCUGCAACAUGGAAGCUCCGCCUCUCUCUGAAAUAGUCUCCUCUUCUCCCCCAUUGGCACCGGUGCCUUUGGGGGUGGAGUCAGAUGAGAAGGAAAAUAAGCCAGAGUCUGAAGAAGGGGGUGUUGCCACACAGACCACCUAAGUUGUCUAUGAAAGCCAUGUGUAAUAUCCUGAAAACAGGAUAAUGACCUUGCUAUGCAUUUUCAGAAAAGGACAACGGUUAAGAUGUUUUUUUUUUUUCUUUUGAUCUGAUUAGAGAAACAGAGGCUUCUUCUAUUAUAUAAAAAGCUGCAAUUAUGUGUUAAGUUGUAUAUUCCAUGACAAUGAAUGGGUGAAUCUCACAAAGAACUAAAAACAAUAAAAAUAAAGCUAGUUUAGGGUCAUUAAAAUUGCAUUGUGCACAAUUUUCAUUAUAAUUAAACAAAGUAAUUGAGCUUGACAUGGUAAAUGUCACUCUCUUUUCAAUAUUAAAAAUUAUACUGUCCAAAUAAUAAGAUUUUGUUUUAUUGCAUAAAGUUAAUUUAAUAACACAAAUACUACCAUAAUGUAUGCUUUCGAUUGUACAUUAUAAAUGUGCUUAACAAUGCUAUCAUAUAUCUUUCUUUGCAUUACUGUCACGAGAAUGAGAUGUAUUUUCACUUUUCAGUAGGCAACUAACAAUUGGGAGAGGAGGGUUUAAAGGUGUUGUAAGCAACAAAAAAAAAAAUUUCAUGAAAGGGUAUGCAAGACAUUUCAUACUCCCUGAAAUAUUAUUAAUAAAAUAAGUGUUGUGAGAACUCUCCAGUCUCUGUGACUGCACUAGACUCACUAAACGGCAAACAAAAAUGUGUCCAUGGUCACUGACGCUUUCUGCCUGUCAAUCAUUUUGUGUUGCAGCGAAUUAUUGAGGCUUAAUACCAUUUUUAUGACAUGUUUUUCAGUUGGGUUAGCAGGUGCCAGUUGAGGGUGCUAUUUUGCUACUGUUGUGUUUGACAACCGCCUCGGUAUCUUUGAUGUGUGGGAUUGUGGAAGGAGGAGGUGUGGCUAAUUCCACGGCUCAGCUUAUGGAAAUUCCAGAAUGGCAAAAUCACUUACUGCACCUUUAAAUUUGUUUAAUUGUCAUAAAAUAAUGUCACAAUGCAAAAGAUACAAAUGUCCCUAAAAUCGAUGUUGAUUGUGGGAUGAAAUAUGAUAUGGACAUUUCUGGAAAGUUUUCAUGAGAUUCACCUGAAUACUUGUGCUGAAUGUAUUUUGGGCAAAGUACUUUUUGCAUAGUAAGUUGAAACUAGGGCUAUUGAGGAAUAAUAAGUUCAAAGUCUUAAAAGUUUAACAGUUCUCCUGUGCGAUGUAGUUCUAGAUUAUCCAUUUCAAUAAAGAAUGAGGACAAUUGACUGAUUAUACAUUGGCUGAAAAUAACGUUUUGCAAAGUGCAUUUUAUCAUUUAAUACACGUGUAUAUAAAUAUAUAUAUACACCGUAUAUAUUUCAGAGGUGGGGUGCGUAAUAUGAUGUCAUUUUUUUUUUCUUAAGAUUGUCCCUUUUAAUAUGCAUGAAAAAUGCAUGUCCAUCUGUUUUCAAUGCUGGAUCUGGAGUGACAAAACUCCUUGUAUGUCUUUAUUAUCUCUGUCACAUUGGGCAGAAAAACACAGAACUACACUUCAAUAAUGUUCAGUUUGAGAUGAUGAAUUCCACUGGAGUCCUUAUACUGUUACUGUAAUAAAUUAUUGAGAGUAUUAUUAUUACUUUAGUAGUACUACAGUGAGUAUUACAUUUUAAUAUUAAGGUCACAGCUAUGUUCAGUUCUUUCUUGCUUUCUUUUGCAACUGUUGCAGUGUUUGUUUUUGUUUUAAAUGACUGUAAACCUUUUGGGGUUGCACAAAAUUAAAAGGACUGCAUGACAUCAGAGACCCAAUAGUAACAUUUCAGGCCCUAUUUUAAGAGCGCUUAGCACAGCGCUAUGCCGUAAGUCAUAAGUGCAAAGUCAGUGGGCAUGGUCAUGAAGUUUUUGGUAUUUUCAUGCAAGCAUGAGCUAAGUCUAGGCACAAGUGGGUUUGGUGAAACUGUGCACACAAGGCACUAAUGGGCUUGGUCAAGGUUAAUUCGGAGGUUCUUCAGUUAUUGCAGCAGCUGCAUCCUAUUAUAUAUAUGGACCAGGAUAUGGAUGUAGGCUCUGUUAAAUUAUAGAUAAUGUAAGUAUUAUUAUUUUCAUCAACUGACACAAAUCAUGGCUAGUAUUAACAGUGAUUGUAUUGGCACACACUUUAAUUUUAAUG